CUAAAGAGUUGGUUAGAGACUUGGAGGUGCCUGCGCAGCUGCACACAGAAGCACCAGCUUUAAAGCUCCAGGAUGGACACCCAUCUCCUAGCAAGCUCUUGAGUACCAUAAGCAGCCCUGCCUCCACAAAAGGAACACAGACCACCACACGUCCAGAACAGCCAGACAGGUCACUGCAAGAAAAACCAGAAAAUACUACUGAGGCUGGUUUCAGUCCUACUAGCUCUAGCUCUGGGCUGCCCCAGCCCGUUCUCAGUGGAGGGACACAGCAAGACUCUCCUGUCUUUUCCAUUCCUGUCAGCAAGCAGAUGGAGAUGCCAAGUCCUAAAACGUCUCUUCUGACUUCAAUGGUAAACUUUCAUCCUCCAGGAAAAGAAAUAGCAGCAUCCCCAUUUCCCACCAGAAUUAAUAUUGCUUUUGAAAGUGCAAGGGUGGAUUGGUUACCAAGAGGAACUCCCCCUACUAGCAAAAGGCCAAAAGACCCAAAUCCACAAGUCCAGCCUGACAGGAAAGCUGGUGUGACACCUGUAUACCUGAAGAAGACGCAGAAUAUGGAUGCUGAAGUUACAACUUCUGCAUUCCUACAAAAGCCAGCUUCGGGGGACCUUGAUAGAGUCUAUUCCAGAAUGAUGCAGACAACUGCUAUUCAAUUUUCCCCUGUUUUAUCUCUGAAGCAAGAAACAACAGGCAGCAAAGCCAGAAACUCGCCAACAGCUGUAAUAAAUGGUUCUGGACAUCAAACCCAGUUCCCUGCUCUUCAGACACGCUCACAAGGCUACGUACAUUCUUCUUCAUUAUUGAUGCAUCUGGAAGCUCUGGGUCAUGAUGACUUACUUCCAUCUCCAUUUCAAGGGCCCAUUAGCACAACUGAUAGAAAACAGCCCCUCUCUUUGUUCCAGACUCUCAACUGUACUAAACAGCAUGUUUCCCAAGAAACCAACAGGAGCUCUCAAGACAUCACGGUUCUCGUUUUGCAAAGAGAUACCAAUCCUCAGACAGUGACAAGUAAACCUGAAAAACCCAGAUUCCCUGGGAGCCCGCAGACUUCUGCUAAUUCAUCCUCAUUAAGCCAAUCCUGGAUUUCUAUAUUAAAACUUCCCCAAACUACUAAAGAGCUAAAAGGAGUAACAUCUGCACUCUUUCCAAGUACAUCUACCUUUGAGAAUGCAACCAUUCAACCUGUAAGCACUUUUGAUUCUGUUCAUGCAGGGCUUCAGCCACCAGGCAGAUCUUUUCCUGCUUACACUGGAGUGCAGCUAAUGGGCAUCCCCACUUCUGCUGAGAAAGGACUUCACAUACCAACUUCAUCUACAUCUACUGGUUCUGGGUCUCAGGUUCAAGGCGUUUCUUCCCCUCCUGUAUCUCAGGAGAUCUUCCCUGUGAUGCUGCAGGCGAGCACAGUAGAAGACUCCCAGAGAAAGAAAAGUCUCCCAGAACAAAUAGAUAAAACUGUUUCUCCCCCACUGACUCCACAAGCCACCCCAGUUCCCAGCCUCUCUGGACUGCAUGACAAUGGUAACCAGAAAGUCCCUCUUCACAGCUUUGCCCCUUCAGCCUCCCAGAUCCAGCAAGCUGGCAGCCUGGUAGCCUUUGCUUCAGAACUGCCCUCACUCCAUGCACAGGAAAUCCAAUCCAGCUCAACAACAGCACAUCCUGAACCGGUGGUGCCUGGUGUUUCUGAUGAGACCCCAGCAUAUCUGGCACAAGCACUAGUGCAGCAGUUCGGUAUCUCACAUGCUGUAGCUACCAAAAACCUCAGUGCUUUUAGAGCUGGUCAACUUACAUCAUCCCCAUACUUGUACUUUCUGCUUAAAAAUGCUAAUGGUAUGAUAUGCCUGCAGCCCAUGCAAGAUUCUCCUCUACCUACGAAAUUCCCAAACGCCAGCAUUGGGGGUCUGAUUUCCAUUCAGCAAAUCCUGGCAGCAUCAAAUUCUUCAGUGCUGGACCUUGCAAACCUAAAAAAUCUGACUCCUUCUAGCUUAAUUCUGGUUAAGCCUGUAUUUAUCCUUUUGCCCACUGACAGACCAGAUUUAGAGAUGGUGCCCCCUCCUGAGGGUGAAGAUGAUCACAAAGCUGCCCUCUUCUUCGUGAACAAGCAAGAUCUGAAUUUAGGUACUCCUGAAAGCAGCCAUGAUAUCCCAAUGAAAACUAGCUUCUCUUAUCCUACUAGUAAGUCAUUGAGGCCUGAAACUACUCUCGCCACGGCAUCUAACCAACAAGCGGAGAUAACAAAAGUAACUUCUCAGCCAGUGCUAACUAAUCCUAAUUAUACAGCCACAGCUAGUUUGUUUCAAGCUGUUACCUCAGCAUCAAAUCAUUUGCUGGACCCAGGGGUGAGGAUUAGCACUACGGUGCAGGCCACGCAUCUGCACACAUUGCCUGAAGAGAUGCAAGUACCUGCUCCCAACUCCCAAGAGGCCAAGGGGUCUGAUUUGCUUUUACUGAACGGUACGUUAAUGCCUUUCACCUCCCCUGUGCCAUUAGUAAUGUCUGCACAGCAUAGCCCCCAUAUUUCCCCCAAAGUACUUUUCACUGCUGACAAGCCACAGUCUUCUGUAAUUCCUUUGCUGUCAACAAAGGGAGACUCGGAUUUUCAAAUGCCUGCCCAACCUCUGUUUACUGUCACAGGGUCUGUAGAUCAGGUUCAGCACAGUAAGGAACUAAUACUGCAAACUACUGGCCAUCACCAGGGCUUAGUUUCCAUACCUGCCUCUGUCCACGCUCAAUGCACAGCGUGUUCGACCUUGCACUCAGCCGGAACCAUAAAAUACCCGUUAAAGUUGUUCACAAGCAUCAUGCCUUUGCAGUCCACAUCACAAAGCCUCCUAAGUACUGAGUCACUUCAAAGGCUGCCACCACAAGUUCAGUUUGUACCCAGCACAUCAUCAGCUUUCUCCACGCUUCCGGCUGGAAAUGAUGGCAAAGAUUCAGCAGCAGGCAGCACAACAUGUUCAGGAGGAGUUACAGUGUGUGGUAAAGCACCACAAACCCUCACCACUUCUGUAAGACCUGAUCUUACUAAACAUUUGGAAUUUACACCCAUUGUUCCUAAACCCUUUACGAUGACAGAGAGACCAACAAUAGCACUCGCACAUACUCCAUUUUCAACAAAGGUUCAAAUGAAAACAGCAGUUCCUGGGGAACUUUUGGCUGCAAUUACCCAUCCAAGGGUGUAUACCAGCUCUCCGGCAAGCCCACCUUCACCUGUGUCUACACACAUUCCCCCACUAUCAGCCAUGAAACGUCACCAAAUCCAUCAAACCCCUACUAAAUUGUUCUCACAGGCCAACAUGGGAGAAAAUACAAAGCCAACUGAAAUCAGCACAAGUUCAAGAAAAAUAGGAACUGGUAAGAUCUUGGGAACAAGCAUGUCUCUGACAGCCGUGUUUAACACAAGGGCGCAGCAACCCCUUGGGAAUAAGGUUGUUUUAACUCCAGUACAACCAUCUGUGUCUGCAGAAACUACUAUGGCUCUUGAGAGACAGCCUAAAUUGAUACAGACCACAUCACAGUCUUCAUUAGCAAUGACUUCUCACUCUGCAGCUAAGAAUGAUUAUAUCACUACUUCACUUGCAAGCAAAAAAGCAUUUCUCCUGCCAAUAUCAACUAUCCGAUCUGACCCAAGCACGGUGCUGCCUACAAUUGCCAGUGUGAACAAAUCAGCUGUGGUCUCUGCAUCAACAGAGAAGAGUGAGGACAUGCUAGUGAAAGGAGAUGCAGCCACUGCUAGCCAGCUGCCCACUCAGGCAUCCAUGUAUUCGUCGUAUCAGCCAUCAGCACAACACCCUUUGGAGAAAGUAUCACUGGAAGAUAACACUGAACAUGAGACUGGCCAUUCAAGCCCUGGCGCUGGGCCAUCUACAUCAGAGGCAUUUUCUGUCUCUGCUAAUAGGCUUGUAAAUAAGGUCACUAAUCAGUCUGCUGUUUUGAAUAAAAUAGCAGUUAAUGAUGCUGAGAUGCUUCUAGCCAGAGAUCUAAUCCAGUCCCUUCCAAGCAUAGAAAGCCCCUCGUAUUUCUCUCAGAGUCUGAUAGCACUUACGCCACAUGGGAAUUCCUUGCUGAGUGUUGCCAGCACUGGACAAUCAGAGAGGCUGUUCUUGAACACAGAGGCAGAAGACAUGGUUAGAACAGACAAAGUAACAGAAGAAGCAGCUGAAGGCUUAGUAACUGUUCUAACACUGCUGGAUUCAGGACCCAGCGCACUACUGAGUGAAUCACAUCAGAGGAGGGUUUUGCAGUCAGAUGCGACCAUUCUGAAUGGCCUUGCAGUUGUGAGUGAUGAUGCCUGCGGCUCCGGUAACUACACUGUGCAGAUGAGCCUGCGUCCUGCUGCAGAAGCAGGCCCUGUGGCUGAAGGGUCAACACCUUCCCAGGAGACAUUCCUGGCUUUAAUCGCUGUGCAGAGCAACAACAGCCAGCCUGAGCUGCAGGUCCGGUCGUGCUGUGUGACACCCUCCGCCAGCCCAAGGGGACCAGGCGCCAUGUGCUGCCUGUUCCGCAGGUUGCCAUUUGAAUGCAGACACAUCCAGUUACUGCAGAGCAGUAAGUCCAGAGCUGCUAGCUUCACCAUCCAGCUGUUCCAGAUGCUGAAUCACUCAGUGGCCUAUUUGCACUGUGAGCUGAAUGUCUGCCUACGUGGCAAAACUGGAUGUGAACAGGACUGCUUUGAAAGUGUGGAGCCACUUCUCCAACCAAGUGACAGGAACAGUUAUGGAAACCUGCACAACCUGAUCUCAUUUGGUCCAGUUUUCAGAAUGAAGAACAAGUUUCUAUAUAAACCUGUGGAAAGUCCAGAUUCUGCCAUGCUGGUACCCAUUCUGCUGGGAUCCCUUACUGGCUUUGCUGUCUUGGGCACUGCAUUUACAAGCCUCUGGCUGCAUCAUAGACAGAAAACCAAAAAUACAUGCUAUCCACAACUUGGAGAAAUUCAUGGCCUGUGAACUACGAGCAGCUGAGUGGUCCUGCAGAUCCCACCCGACUGCUACAAUGAUCAGAAAAGCAAUUGAUUUUGCUUUGCACGUUGUAUUGCUUUUGUAGAGCUUCUGCUGACCCAGGGAGCAAGAUACUCAAUCUCUGCUUUGAGUACGCCCCUCCUUCCUUUCUUUCCUUCUGCAUGAGCGACUCCACAAACUGCAGAGUAGAGAAAGAACUGUAGUAGUGGUCUAGCUAUGAGGGAGAGCAGAGCUUAAUGCAGUAUGUGCAAGCACCAGCAUGGAGUCUGUUCCCAGAAACAGGAAAGCAGACAGGAAAUAAGGGUACAGAAGAGCCACAUAAAAUAAAGCACUGUAGACUAGAGCCAGGUCAUCAGGGAGAACAGAUUGUUAGGAAAAAUGACGAAACCAAAUUUACUGACUGGGAAUCAGGACGGGACUCGAGCUCCAGAGACCCAGCUUUUCUCACAUCUAAGGAGCCAAGUGCCUUUAUCCUUUGGCUUUACUCAAGUCACUGGUUUCUCAUGUUUGGUGGAAGUGAGUUUCCAUUAACUGCCCGUUUGUAAAAACCCACACAGUGGGAGAAAGUUAAGAAUGCAAAAACCUUGUCUGUAAAGCUGAAUUUGAGAGCACAUGAAAAGAACUCACCACAUUCAACUACUAGGUCCAGUCUCUUUACUGGUUUUGCCAGAAUGCAAGCAGGAAAGGGGCAACAGCCAGAGUACCUCGUGUCAAAUGCAACAGAGAAGGAGCUUGCACUCCCACCUGGAUCAGUCUUCCUCCUCUGAAGAAUUUCUUCAGAUCUGAUAUCCAGCUAAAAAUUCCAAACCAAGACUCAAUGACAAUUACUUUUCACAAAUACUAAUUAUUAUUUGUACUGCAGCAGCCCUGAGGAAACCAGCACCACAUUGUAUUUGACAUUGACUUAGCUACAGCGACAGGCAUUGUGCUAAGUUGUUAAAAACAUAUAUACACAAGGCCCAGACAAGUGUCAUUAAAUCUUUUUUACAGCUGGGGAUAAAGCAACUAAAAGCACACAUACACCAAUACCCUGAUAGAGACAGGAAGGAAUUAAUCUUGCUUGUGCUCCAACCCUGCUCUUUAACCAAAGGACUGUUCUCUUUCCUGAAUUAAGUUUGUAAACAGUGUCUCUGAGACUGACACAGCAGGUUCUGUACAAAAUAGCAACGAAAGUAAUAGCAACAUAAAAAGCUGUACUACCUUUUUGCACUAAAAUGUACCUGAAAUGCAGUUAUAUUUGAAGU